AUGACUGCCACCAGCUUCGAUCGGGCUGGUCGGCCAGUCUCCGACAAAGCGAUGUCGUCCGGCGAAGAGGAUUUUGUGUCCAGCCAAACCACACCCACUGCAGGUCCCGACAACUUCAGCCAGAGCGGGCUGUCUCCAACAAUGAAUCAUUUGCAGCUUGACAACUCGGGCUCACAAGCCUCUGCUAGCUACCAGACCGCGCCGCGUCUUUGCGGGUCUCGGACUGAUGCUCCACAAGCACAAAAGGCGGGCGGCAAUGGAAAGGGGACGAAACUAGAGCUACUGGAUCUACCUCUGGAUAUUUUGAGGGAGAUCGUAAAAAAUGUAAGAUAUACGAGUCUGCAUGCUUGCUCGGUCAAGCUUCACUAUUCUCGUUCGACUCAAGGGCCAGCAGAUACAGCUAACAGGGAUUAUCAUUCAAAACAGGUCACUCAAACCAAUGACUUGACGUGUCUUGCAUUGACGUGCUCCUCUCUCCAUAAUCUCACAAUUCCUCAUAUGUACUCACGAUUCGAUAUCGUAUGGCCCGAGGCAACCGACAACAUUUCAACGGAGGAUUAUUCUGGCGUGGAUGCUCUAUCCUAUGGCCUGUCGACGCUAGUGAUGGGGGAAGAUAUAUUUCAUCAGUCGCCGUAUGCACAUCUCUCUUCCAACUUCGGCUGUUGUGCACGAUGCGGCUACGAUGGUCGAGAAAAUGCUUCUUCUUCUUCUGGCAAGGAAACGCGCGCCGUCGCGGCAGAACCUCGAUCACGCAGGGGCAAUUAUUAUGCCCAAUUUACGCGCACAUUUUCAAUCGGGAAUGGACCCCUCAGUUGGGUCCAAGAAUACUCUGUGGAUAGAGAUAUGGGUAAAAUGCUGGGGACACUAGUAGCCCUUGCAGUGGCACGAAUGGUGAAUCUAGAAGCAUUCAUCUGGGAUAUGCCUACCGGCGUGGUUCGUGAGAUCUGGUUGGCGCUUGCCUCCCUCGCCAAUCGACCUGGACACGAAUGUCGGUUGGAGCGAGUCUGGGUUCGCUGGCAUGACAACUCGGAGAAUCAUGUUAGCCCAAGUCACGCGCUCCUUUCCAGCUUGCUCGGCCCGAGGAAGAACGUUCGUAUUGAACACCCGUCUUUAUCCGUCUUACCACCACUGAAAAGUGUGACCGUGCUGGAUAUUGACGAGACUGCCUAUCUGGACGAGCUCGCAGUCUUGAUUGAGCGGUCGCGGGCUCGCCUCACUGAACUCAGAAUAGGGAUCUCUGCGGAGGUGAAACUGCAGGAUGAUUUUCUGCCUCUCAAGGACAACGCGGCUCCACGUGCUGGCUGGCCCAAGCCUAGUGGUGUGCUGUGUGUUCUCUGUCCUAUCGCACAAGCCAAGACAGCUCAUGUGCAUGGUAUGUCGACAGCCGGCACUAAAGAUGAUGGGGCAGUGGGCCCAGAGUCCUCCGGCUCGAAAACUGCCCCCCAAGGCACAGAAGUCAGGACGGAAGCAGGUUCUUCCGGAAAGACCACCGAGCAGACAGGCCAGGCGCUACCAAAUGAUAGUGAAAGGGAAUCUCAUAUCAGACCUUCUACCUCUACUGGGGGACUCCCUCAUCCUGCUGCUCGACCGCCGCUCGAAUUGCAAGUCCUUGAGUUAGAACGAGUCUCGAUGCAUUUGCCGACUCUUUUACCCGCUCUUGAUUGGACACAUCUGUCUAGUCUCACCUUAUUGGGAUGUGUGAACGACGGGCAUCUAUGGAAGGCUCUUCGUCGGAAAUAUUCACCACCAAUGAGCUCUGUCAACAAGCAGGCAAGCGAGCGUCGGCCGAGUCUGGGACGGUCGGAUUAUCCACUCAACUUGAAGCAUUUGCACACGAAUAGUGUCUCUUCGUACCUAAUGCUGUUUAUUAAGGAGGCCCUUGCCCCCAACACUCUGGAAAGUGUGUACCUACACGAAACGGUCCUUGACGACUCAACUGUUCCCCUAGACGCUAUUCAUAAAUACGUUCUACGCCGUCAUCGACUGAGUCUUCGCAAAGUACUCAUCAAGCCUGUUGAUCGGCCUGAGCCAGUCGAGGACUUGGGUCACGAUGUCUUACCAAAAUGGGCGUUCAACUACGAUAUCAUCACGUUUGUGACUAGUGGUCGCAUGCCUCAGCUCCGGGAGUUAGGGAUGGCCAUUGAUCACCGUUAUUGGCAUUAUUUCCUGCAGCGGAUGCCUAGCAUGACGCAACUUUACGCUCUCUACCUCGCCAAGACCGAGCAGCCACUUGCGUCCGAUUUGAAGGAGUUAGCGCUUCAGGUAUUAGACAUCGUCAGUAUUCGUCCUGACUUGAAAUUGACAUAUAUCGGAUUGCGCUCCAGAUGCUAUCAGAUCAUGGAGAGUGAGGUCGGCGAUGAGAGUGAGGUCGGCAAAUCUGGAUACGAUACCGACCGGCAACCUGAGCUGGAAAAUUGGACCAGUGACGCGGAGGAGGAAAUGAGUACCACUGGCAGUGAUCAUCACAAUCCUCCCGCGGCAAGAAAUCCGUAUGAUUCGGAUGCUUUGUCAAGCGACUUCUCCGAUGGGGAUGACAGCGACCUGGAAGCUAAUACUGAAUCACGGACACGGUUCUGGUUAUAUGAAAUGCCGUACUGCGAUGAUAAGGUUUCCAUAUUCAAGGCUCGCCACGCUGCGCUUUGA